AUGGCUUCUGGAAGUAGAACAAAGCAUUCUUAUCAUAAUUCAUCACAAGGUCAAGCUCAAUCUUCAGGUACAAGUAAUAUGAAUUACAAAGAUUCAAUAAGCAAAGCUAUAGCACAAUACACAGCUGAUGCUAGGCUUCAUGCUGUGUUUGAACAAUCUGGUGAGUCUGGAAAGUCUUUUGAUUAUUCACAGUCUGUUAAAACUACUACACAAUCUGUGCCUGAAAGGCAAAUUACUGCUUAUUUGACUAAAAUUCAAAGAGGAGGUCAUAUUCAGCCUUUUGGUUGUAUGAUAGCUGUAGAUGAGGCUAGUUUUCGUAUUAUAGCUUAUAGUGAAAAUGCCUGUGAAAUGCUUAGUUUAACUCCACAAUCUGUUCCAAGCCUAGACAAGUCUGAGAUCCUCACUGUUGGAACUGAUGUUAGGACCCUUUUUACCCCUUCUAGCUCUGUUUUGCUAGAAAGAGCAUUCGGGGCACGUGAGAUCACUUUACUCAACCCAAUUUGGAUUCAUUCCAAGAAUUCUGGAAAGCCCUUUUAUGCAAUUUUGCACAGGGUUGAUGUAGGUAUUGUCAUUGAUUUGGAGCCUGCUAGAACUGAGGACCCUGCUUUAUCUAUUGCUGGAGCCGUGCAGUCACAGAAACUUGCAGUGAGGGCUAUUUCUCAUUUGCAAUCACUUCCUGGUGGGGACAUUAAGCUUUUGUGUGAUACUGUUGUUGAGAGUGUCAGGGAGUUAACCGGGUAUGACAGGGUUAUGGUAUAUAAAUUUCAUGAGGAUGAACAUGGAGAGGUAGUGGCUGAGAGUAAAAGAUCAGAUUUAGAGCCCUAUAUCGGUUUGCAUUAUCCUGCUACAGAUAUUCCUCAAGCUUCACGGUUUUUGUUUAAGCAGAACAGGGUGAGAAUGAUUGUGGACUGCCAUGCUACCCCUGUGCGGGUUACUCAGGAUGAAUCACUGAUGCAGCCUUUAUGUCUAGUUGGUUCCACACUUAGAGCACCUCAUGGUUGCCAUGCACAGUACAUGGCAAAUAUGGGGUCUAUCGCCUCAUUAACACUGGCAGUUAUUAUCAAUGGAAAUGAUGAGGAAGCUGUUGGGGGUGGCCGAAAUUCAAUGAGGCUGUGGGGCUUGGUUGUUGGACACCACACUUCUGUUCGGUCCAUUCCUUUUCCUCUUAGGUAUGCAUGUGAAUUCCUUAUGCAGGCCUUUGGACUCCAAUUGAACAUGGAGUUGCAAUUGGCAUCACAGUUGUCUGAGAAACAUGUUUUAAGGACUCAAACACUGUUAUGUGACAUGCUCCUUCGAGACUCACCACCGGGGAUUGUUACCCAAAGCCCCAGUAUUAUGGACCUUGUGAAGUGCGAUGGUGCUGCUCUAUACUACCAGCGGAAGUACUACCCAUUAGGCGUCACACCAACUGAAGCUCAGAUAAAGGACAUUGUGGAGUGGUUAUUGGCUUACCAUGGAGACUCAACAGGUUUAAGUACUGACAGUUUGGCUGAUGCUGGGUAUCCUGGAGCAGCUUCACUUGGUGAUGCAGUUUGUGGUAUGGCUGUCGCUUAUAUAACUUCUAAAGAUUUUUUGUUUUGGUUUCGCUCCCACACAGCGAAAGAAAUAAAGUGGGGUGGUGCAAAGCAUCAUCCUGAAGACAAGGAUGAUGGACAGAGAAUGCAUCCACGUUCUUCCUUCAAGGCAUUUCUGGAAGUUGUUAAAAGCCGGAGCUCACCAUGGGAAAAUGCCGAAAUGGAUGCAAUCCACUCUUUGCAGCUAAUUCUGCGAGAUUCAUUUAAGGAUGCUGAGGCAAGUAAUUCUAAGGCUAUUGUGCAUGCACUUGGGGAAAUGGAGUUGCAAGGGAUAGAUGAACUGAGUUCUGUUGCCAGAGAAAUGGUUAGAUUGAUUGAAACUGCAACAGCUCCCAUAUUUGGUGUUGAUGUCAAUGGCCGCAUAAAUGGGUGGAAUGAAAAGGUCGUGGAAUUGACAGGUUUAUCAGCUGAAGAAGCAAAGGGGAAGUCCUUGGUUCAUGAUCUUCUGUAUAAAGAAUCACAGGAGAGUGCUGAGAAACUUCUGUACAAUGCUCUAAGAGGCGUGGAAGGUAAAAAUGUAGAAAUAAAGUUGAGGACAUUUGGAGCUGAACAAGUGGAGAAAGCUGUUUUUUUGGUGGUUAAUGCUUGCUCCAGCAGAGAUUACACAAACAGCAUUGUUGGUGUUUCCUUUGUUGGGCAGGAUGUUACUGGGGAAAAAAUUGUUAUGGACAAGUUUAUUCACAUUCAAGGUGAUUACAAGGCCAUUGUGCACAGCCCCAAUCCUCUGAUCCCUCCCAUAUUUGCAUCAGAUGAGAACACUUCUUGCUCUGAGUGGAACACUGCCAUGGAAAAGCUUUCUGGUUGGUCUAGAGAGGAGAUUGUUGGAAAAAUGUUAGUUGGUGAAAUUUUUGGAAGUUGUUGUCGGCUCAAGGGCCCAGAUGCCAUGACAAAGUUCAUGAUCGUGUUGCAUAAUGCAAUCGGAGGCCAGGACACAGACAAGUUUCCAUUUUCCUUUUUUGACCGAAAUGGGAAAUAUGUGCAAGCUCUUUUGACAGCAAACAAGAGAGUCAAUAUGGAGGGUGAUACUAUUGGGGCUUUCUGUUUUAUACAGAUAGCCAGUCCCGAAUUGCAGCAAGCUCUAAGAGUUCAAAGGCAACAGGAAAAGAAGUGUUAUUCUCAGAUGAAAGAGCUGGCAUACAUUUGUCAGGAAGUAAAAAGUCCUCUUAAUGGUAUACGCUUUACAAAUUCAUUGUUGGAGGCCACAAAUUUGACAGAAUAUCAGAAGCAGUAUCUAGAGACAAGUGCUGCUUGUGAGAGGCAGAUGUCUAAGAUCAUAAGGGAUGUUGAUCUGGAAAACAUUGAGGAUGGUUCACUGACCCUUGAGAAAGAAGAUUUUUUUCUUGGGAGUGUAAUAGAUGCUGUUGUAAGCCAAGUGAUGUUAUUGCUGAGGGAAAAAGGUGUGCAGUUAAUCCGUGAUAUACCAGAGGAAAUUAAGACAUUAACAGUACAUGGUGAUCAAGUGAGAAUUCAACAGGUCUUGGCAGAUUUCUUGUUGAACAUGGUGCGGUAUGCACCAUCACCUGAUGGGUGGGUAGAGAUCCAACUUCGACCAAGUAUGAUGCCAAUAUCUGAUGGAGCAACUGUUGUGCAUAUUGAACUCAGGAUUAUAUGCCCUGGCGAAGGGCUUCCUCCUGAAUUGGUUCAAGACAUGUUCCACAGCAGUCGGUGGGUAACUCAGGAAGGCCUAGGACUGAGCAUGUGUAGAAAAAUGUUAAAGCUUAUGAAUGGAGAAAUCCAAUAUAUCAGAGAAUCAGAAAGAUGCUAUUUCAUGAUUAUCCUUGACCUGCCAAUGACCCGCAAAGGUCCAAAGAGUGUUGGCUAGGAGCUUACAGCACACAGUAAGAGAAGAACCUGUAAUAUCUCUUAAAAUUGCAUGCUGGUGAGAUUCUGGUGAUGCCUCUGAUCCUUUAAUGGAACUUGACACAGGAGAGAGCAAGUAUGGGGGAUUGAUCGGCAUCUUUCUAACAGUAUUAAACCAGCUGUUUCCAGCAUUUUCCGACUUGAAUUUGCUGGGUUUUUUAUAACUCUGAACUAGUAGUCUCUCAGCAUGUCAAGUUGAGAAAGCUAUUGCUCCUUAGUGCAUGGUUUUUACCAAAGAUUAAUUCGACAUAGUAAGUGGCUAAUGG